AUCAAAACCCAGAAGGAACUUCUUGAGUUCCGAGCCAAGCAGGAGAAGGCACUUGCUGAUGACCUGCGUUCAUCCCUAGAAGCAGAAAAAUCCAGAAACAGUGAACUGGUUUCUAAAUUAAAUGAACAACGCAGUAACUGUUUACGUCUUGAAAAGGCUUUGGUGUCAUUGGAAGAAAAGCUUUCUCAACUGAGACAAGCUUCAAUCGAAGAUAAGAAACAAAUUGAAAACUACGUGGAAGCUUAUGAGAAGGAAAAAUCUCACAGCCAGACUUUGUUGAAAGCACUGGAGUCUGAACGUUCCAGCUUCACCCAGUUACAGCUGGUUCUCGAAUCGGAGAGACGUCGAAGUAAGACAGUGCAUGAGCACGACAGCCAAAUAAUCCAGGAUUUGAAAAAAUCAAUGAACUCAAGUGAAGGCGGAAAAUUUUCUCCAAUGUCGACACCCUGCGAUGUUGAGAAACUCAGAGGUGCAGAUGUAAAUAGAUCACUGGGGCUAGACUUGAGUAACACCCUACAUCUUCAGGCCACACCCGUGGAAGAAUCAAAAUAUACAGAAAAGCCGUGUAUUAGAUGUAAUACAUUAGAAAUGGAACACGCACUUUGGGUCCAAGAACAAUCCAAGCUCCAACAAUCCCUUCACCAAGCCGAAAGUGAAGUCGUUAGACUUAGACGACUGCUUCAGACAGUAGGAGAAGAGAAUAAUAAAUCUACUUUGACUUCACUGGAAAGCAAAGUUCACAAGUUGUACUUCAAAUAUCGUCGUGCUGAGAGCUACCGGCGGGGACUUAUCUACCAGAAGAAAUAUUUAAUGACUUUGUUGGGUGGAUAUCAAGCAACAGAAUCGGCUACUCUGGUCAUGCUUUCUAAAAUCAGCGGGGAUGAAGUUACGGCUAACCACCGGUCUUCUCUGCCUCCCAUAUCAAUAUUUCGGUCUGCUGUCUAUGUAAUUACAGCACUUCAAAGAAUGAAAAACUUGAUGAACCGAUGGAAUAAGGUUACAAAUGUUCACUCUUCGUACAGUUUACAAGAACCUGAGCGCUUAACUCCUUUAGGAUCACAUUGUCGGAGUACUGUACCACAUGGGAUUGGUUUGCCUACGUCUAGUGUAGGUGCUAGCUCAUCAUCCAUCACUUCUCAACCAACUUUCCAAGCUGGCAAUCAAAACCGACUUUUUACUUCGAAAUUGCACUCCCCAUUGAGUGGCCAUAGUCCUUUACCUCUUCCUACACCCACUGGCUCGAGAAGCAUUAGUCCACCUGUCUCAACCGGUCAAACGAGCGGGUCUUCUCGGUUAGUAAACAACGUGUACGUUACCCCACCAGUUAGAGAAAGAAGUUCAUCUUUUGCAAGGUGAAAUAUUUUCAGCUGA